AGGAGACACGCAGAGGGGUGGCCUUUCCGUGGACUGAUGCUCCUUAGUCGAUGCGUUUUCAGGGCGUGCUGGUGGUGGUUGUGGUGGGAUUUAGUGGGCACAAAGCCCCGCCACUACUCACAGGCUUCUAGAGAGUGCCACAGCUGUAGACCAGCUCGGGUAAUAGUGUGGGCUUGGCAGCCUGCUUCAGGUUUCUCUCCGCCACGUACGCCCCUUCCCUUCGGGGGUGUACAGCAAGACCACCUUGUUCAGUAGUUGACUCAUGACCGUGUGCAGCAAACCCAACAAGGAUGAGGCAACUAAUGCAUUUCUAAUCCCGUGUCUGACUGAAUUCCAGUUUUCUCCUCUCCCAAGUGGUGAAACAGGAAGCAACAUUCCAUCAGGAAGAACCAGAAGGUGCCAUCCAGUAGCUUUGCCUCACGUCACGGAUCGCCCUCAGUCAGAAAUCUAGACGUGCAACUUUAGAGGGUGGGUCUCUGAAAGAAUUUCAGAGCUUACACAGAGAUGAGGUGUGUUGCUCUCUGAUGAGAACGAGGCUGCCUGGAACGCUGCAAAUCUGGCCCUGACUGCUCUUCACAGGCAAGGGGCAUCUUUUGCGGACUGAAGUUUCUGGAAGGGAUGUUGUGAAAGUAAAGGCGAAACUUUUACAUAUAUAUAUACACAUACAUAUAUACACAGUACUUGAAUUUCCUCGCGGAAAGCUAUCCUAUAUACUCAAGAAUGUUUCAGACAUUUAAAGAAUGGUUUUGGUUGGAAAGAUUCUGGCUUCCUCCAACAAUUAAGUGGUCAGAUCUUGAAGAUCACGAUGGACUCGUCUUCGUGAAACCCUCUCAUUUGUACAUGACAAUCCCAUAUGCUUUUGGCUUGCUGAUUAUCAGACAUUUCUUUGAAAAGUUUAUUGCUACGCCUCUAGCAAAAUCAUUUGGCAUUAAAGAGGAAGUUCGAAAGAAGAUUAUACCAAAUACCGUCUUAGAGAAUUUUUUCAAAUAUUCCACAAGGCAACCAUCUCAAACUGAUAUUUACGGACUGGCAAAGAAGUGUAACUUGACAGAGCGCCAGGUGGAAAGAUGGUUUAGGAGUCGGCGGAAUCAAGGGAGGCCUUGCAGGAUGAAGAAAUUCCAGGAAGCUUGCUGGCGAUUUGCAUUUUACUUAAUGAUUACUGUUGCUGGAAUUGUAUUUCUUUAUGAUAAACCUUGGGUAUAUGACCUUUGGGAGGUGUGGAAUGGCUAUCCCAGGCAGCCCUUGCUGCCAUCCCAGUACUGGUACUAUAUUUUGGAGAUGAGUUUUUAUUGGUCUCUGAUAUUUAGUCUUGGCUCUGAUGUCAAGAGGAAGGAUUUUCUAGCUCAUGUCAUCCACCACCUGGCUGCUAUUAGCUUGAUGAGCUUCUCUUGGUGUGCUAAUUAUAUUCGCAGUGGGACCCUCGUGAUGAUUGUGCAUGAUGUGGCUGACAUUUGGCUGGAGUCUGCUAAGAUGUUUUCUUACGCCGGAUGGAAGCAAACCUGUAACGCCCUGUUUCUCAUCUUCUCUACCAUAUUUUUCAUCAGCCGCCUCAUUAUCUUUCCCUUCUGGAUUUUAUAUUGCACCCUGAUUCUGCCUCUGCAUUAUCUUGAGCCUUUCUUUUCAUACAUCUUCCUCAACCUCCAGCUCAUGGUCCUGCAAGUCCUUCACCUUUACUGGUGUUACUUCAUCCUGAAAAUGCUCAGAAGAUGUUUAUUCAUGAAGAAUAUCCAGGAUGUGAGGAGUGAGGACGAGGAUGAGUAUGAAGAAGAAGAGGAAGAGGAGGAGGAGAAGGAGGAAAUCACCAAAGGCAAAGAGAGAGACUGUUUGAAGAAUGGCCUCGGGGCCAGCAGGGACCUUAUUCCCAACGGUCAACAUGGCCAUUAGCUUGAUGCCCACGCAGCUCCAGGUGUACAGUAUGCUAUGAGGCCUGCCGGAAGCCAGAGCUGCUGCCCACCCCAUGCCUGUGGCCUACAGGAGCCACAGGGACCCCCGAUUCUGCCCUUCGCUCUUUUUAACCACCACCUUCCCCCCUCCUAAGAUGUAUUUAACAAAAUGUUGUUAACUUGUGUUAAAACGUUAAAUAUAGCACCCCUAUGGAUUUACUGCAGUUAGGACUCCAACUGGUCAAAGAUUUCAAAGAUUUCUCCAGAGAACCAUUUUAGUUCAGUUGUGUUCAUUUAUGCAUGUGAGGCAUGUGCUUUUUCCAAGAGCUCACUUGGUUGUAGGCCGUUUCACCUUGCCACCUUGCUCACCCUCGGGAUGGCUUGAGAAGUGCUAGGCAACCCACUUUUCCAGGUGUGUUCAGCCACAGAGAGCAGCUGAGCCCCUCCCAAAAACAAUGAGUUUUAGGAGGCAACACAGCAGUGGUGGAAGGAGCAAGCCAGGGGACCAGGCUUCCAGGACUCACUGGCCACUCUCUGCCGCGGGCGCUUCUUUAAACUUUCCAAGCCUUGGUGCUUCGUCUCUCCUAUGGGAAUCAUAAUAUUUGCCUUGCCUACCUCCCAGAGUUGGAGUAAGGAUCAAAUGAGAUCAUCGAAGUGAAAGUAUAUACUGUCCACUGUGGGGUGACAGGGAUCUGCCCCUCUUCUUAUUAUGAUUCCGGCUCUGUUUGGGACCAGAGAGAAACCUGGCUAAACCUGGCACUGAAUGGGCCUGAACAAAAAGCACAAUCUAAAAAAUUCCUUUUAAGUGUGUCUGGAGAUUUCUGGAAAUGCAAAUAUCCAGAAGGCUGUUUCCAUUUUAUUUGGUAACUGUUUGUUAGCUCCCCAAGGGUGAUUCCCAAAUUCCCCCAAAUUCUCUGCCCCCGGCCCCCUACGGCACCCACCCCCCCCCCCCCCCGGCCAAGGGAAGCAAGGCUGGGCCCCAUUCCUUCUUGUCUUUUGCUGGCCUCUCCCUUGCUUCUUCUCUAAGAGGGACCUUUCCUGCCGCUGCCCUGAGCCCCUCCUUCGGGCCAGCAGGGCUGCCCAGCCAGCACCGAGAUCCAUCUGGGGGCCAGUCUGGGGGAGUUAGACCCAGGGCAGGCUGCUCACCGAGCUAUUAUUUCCCAGAAAACCUGACCCUUUGGGGCACGACCUGCAUGCGAGCUCCUGACCAAAGGGAAAUCUUGGAAACAGAAAGAGGAUGCUACCCUACUUCGCCUCUACUAUCCAACCCAAUCAGACCUCGUAAGAGGAAAACAGAACAAAACAGAGGACCAACACCCCUGAGAAAUGUCCAAGGACAAGCGUUAGUCAAUGAUAGUUCCUGGGGCUUCUGACCUCUCUGGGAAGACAGAUUCGGAUAGGGGGCUGGCAGGUCAGUAGCCCGCUGGCUGGCGGCCCCCAAAGGGGGCACAUCUGAGCCCAGAGUGCAGGGCAGACGUCAGAGCCUUCAGGAGCCGCAGAGCCUGGUGGGGUGGAGCCUGAGCAGAAUAUGCAAACACCACCCCGAUCUCUCAGAUUCUUGAGCCACAUUCUGCGCCUUUAUCCUGUUUUGCUUGGGGGCCCAUAUUAUAAAGCCCAAGGGGAGCCAGCGCUGUGGGCGUGCCUAAUAAAGGCACCCACAUGGGCCCCACCAGAUGUGGGCUGCAGCUGCCAGAGCGGGAAGGGCUGCACAACGAAGGUGUCUGCGUUUUUUGGCUUUGUUUUUGUUUUUGUUUUUUUAAGAAAAAGAUGUUUUUGAAACCUUCAGAGUAAACCCAGACCAAAGCAAAAACCCUUCAGAAUUCUUUCCUCGUCAAAAAUCUCUUUUUGAGGAAUCGUUAGAACAACAGAAAAACAUAUCUCAAGUUUUCUCUGCAUGUUAUUUGCUGUUAUGAGUACAAUAACAUAUGCAUUAUAUGUAUAAUGUUAUGUUAUAAAUCGAAAAGGCCUCCACUCACUUUAGGACAUAGCUCUUGAGUUAUUAUUAAUAUUAUAUUAUUAUAAUUAUUUUUGGUGGAAGAAAAGCCAAUUGAGACAUUAUUUUUUAGGUUUCCAGUUAACAGACUGUUUUUUCCCGUGAUUUAUUUUCGUCUUGUCUCUGUACCAAAUAUCUUCUCGCUUAAGGUAAAACAAAACACAACAAAACAAACCAAACCUGUGUUUUGGCUGCUCUAUCCUCCAGUUCUCUUUUUCUUAUUUUAAUGUGGAAGGGAAUAUUGAUAUGCCAACUUCAGGGAUCUGUGAUACAGUUGGAAGCACUGAACUACCUCUGGAGAGGUAGAUACGCAUUUUUGUAGCAUCCUUUAGGGCCCCUGUGGUCAAUUUCAAAGGUAACCUCUCUUCCUACUGGAAACAAGGGCUCAUAUUAUCCCAGAUGACUUUAUAAGAAUACAGUCCACUGUGCCACCCAUAUUAGUAUGAUGGUAAUGACUUAUCAUAAAACAAAGACAGAAUCCGAAACACGUGGUGGCGAAACAGAUUCAGCACCCACAUUGCUUGGCUUCUUAGAGAUCAUUACUGGUCUCACCAGGAAAUGGAAGAAAAGAUUUGCCAGGCCUCUAGACAUGCCCUGUUGGGAAUCAGCGGGAAGAGUAAGAAGGACAGAGCCAAGUUAGGACAUUAGGGUUGCUAUUCCGACCUGACUGGGGUGAGCCUCUUGGCUGGGCACAGUGUAGACAGACAGACCGCUGUGGGCUGGAGUCUAACCUGGGUCAUGGCAUCUGGGCCCUGUGGCACAAAGCAGUGUUGAAAUGCCAAGAAAAGGGACUGAUCCUAAAGGUACUGUUUUGACGACACUUUCACUGUGACUGUAGAUCAAGUAGACAUUCAACAGAUAAGAGAAUAUUAUGAGCAACUUUAUGUCAAUAAAUUUGAAGGUUUGAAUAAAAUAUAUAAGU